AUGGAAAAUUAUAAUCAAACAUCAACUGAUUUCAUCUUAUUGGGGUUGUUCCCGCCUUCAAGUAUUGGCCUUUUUCUUUUUAUUCUCAUUGUUACAAUUUUCCUAGUGGCUCUAUUUGGCAACCUCUCCAUGAUUCUUCUCAUCUUUUUGGACAAUCAUCUCCACACACCAAUGUAUUUUCUACUCAGUCAGCUCUCCCUCAUGGACCUGACCUACAUCUCUACCAUUGUCCCCAAAAUGGCCUACAAUUUUCUCUUUGGAGACAAGUCUAUAUCCCUCCUUGGGUGUGGAGUUCAGAGCUUCUUCUUCUUGACUUUGGCAGGUGCAGAAGGAUUGCUCUUGGCCUCUAUGGCUUAUGAUCGUUAUGUGGCCAUUUGCUUUCCUCUUCACUAUUCCAUCAGAAUCAGCAGGAGAGUGUGUGUAUUGAUGAUAAUGGGAUCUUGGAUAAUGGGCUCUAUCAACUCCUGUGCCCACACAACAUAUAUUCUCUAUAUCCCUUACUGUCAAUCAAGGGCCAUCAAUCAUUUCUUUUGUGAUGUCACAGUCAUGUUAACUAUGGCCUGCAUCAAUACCAGGAUCUAUGAGUACACAGUGUUUGUGAGCACCACCAUCUUCCUUUUGCUACCUUUCAUUGGUAUUGCAUUUUCCUAUGGUCGUGUUCUCCUUGCUGUCUAUCAAAUGCACUCAGUGGGUGGGAAGAAGAAGGCCUAUUCAACCUGCAGCACCCACCUCACUGUGGUAACUUUGUACUAUUCACCCUUUGUUUACACUUAUCUACGGCCAAGAUUUCUCCAUACUCCAAUAGAAGACAAGGCUCUGGCUGUCUUAUACACUAUUCUGACACCAAUCAGAAUAUCCUAUUAUCUAUAGCCUGAGAAACAAGGAGGUGAUUGGGGCUCUGAAAAGAGUAAUUGAGAGAAUCCGUUCUGUGAAA